AUGCUCAAGUCCUGGUUAACCGCAGUGUUUUUACCCGGUGUGGUACUUGCGCUCACUUCUGUUGAGAAUGAAGCACUCGAUGCUCAAGCUCAAGAAAUUGUGGACGGAUUUUCCGUAGCUGAGUUGAUGGGACAGAUGACGCAGCUCGAUAUCAGCACCGUCAUGAAUGGCGACACCUAUGAGCUUAACGAGGACGCAGUGCGUACUUUUGCGAGGAUGAACGUUGGGUCGUACCUGAACACGUUUUUGAGCAGCCAGUCUGUUGACGGCAACUACGGCUACAAUGCCACCGAGUUUCGAUCUCUUAUCCAUCGUAUCCAAGAAAUCACAAUGGAAGAGAACGGAGGUCACCCCAUACUAUAUGGAAUUGACUCCAUCCACGGUGCAAGUUACGUGACAGGAGCCAUGCUUUUUCCACAGCAAAUCAACUGUGGCGCGAGCUUCAACCCCGACCUUGUCUACGAGAUGGCCCGCAUCACUGCUCGCGACACUGAGGCUGCCGGCAUCCCUUGGGUUUUCGGUCCGAUCCUUGACAUCUCGCAGAACUCGUUAUGGGCUCGCACUUACGAGACAUUCGGCGAGGACCCAUACCUUUGUUCCGUGAUGGGAGAAUCUUACGUCCGUGGACUCCAGAGCUAUAACGAAACCGCUGCUUGCAUCAAGCACUUUAUCGGGUACUCGAAGACGCCUACUGGUCACGACCGCGACAAUGUUCUGAUCUCGGAUUUCGAUCUCCUUAACAACUUUCUGCCGCCGUUCAAAGCCGCAUUACAUGCCGGCGCGCUGACGAUGAUGGAGAACUACAUUUCCUUGAACGGUGAUCCGGUGAUUGCUAGCUCGAGAAUCCUGAACGACCUACUUCGGUCGGACCUCGGGUUUAAUGGAGUGCUUGUUUCGGAUUGGAACGAGAUCUACAACUUGCACGACUUUCACCGCGUGUCGGCUACUCGAGAAGAGGCUGUAGCUACCUCUUUGAAGCAGACUUCAAUUGAUAUUAGUAUGGUGCCGCUGGACACCGCUUUCAUCGAAUACGGCCUGAAUAUGCUCACGGAGAAUCCGGAGCAGGAGGCUCGACUGCGCGAGUCCGUCAAGCGCGUCAUCCGACUGAAGCUCCAGCUAGGACUCUACGACAAUCCGGUGCCGGGCAAAGAGUACGUGUCGAUGGUUGGAAACGCCAUGGACAAGAAAAUUGCGUUGGAGAUGGCGCGCGAAUCUAUUGUGCUGCUCAAAAACGAAGGCGACGUGUUGCCACUACCAAAAAGCGCAUCCGUGUUUCUCACGGGUCACGCUUCAGACAAUGUGGGGUACCAGUGCGGUGGCUGGACAUUGACCUGGCAAGGUUACUCGGGCAAUGCGAUGUUCCCGCACGGGGUCUCCGUCCGUAAAGGUAUGGAGAAUUUGGUUGGCAAUGACUCGUUUACAUAUUUCAACGGACUUCGUGUUAAUGGAUCUAUCUCGGAUGUCGAUCUGGCCAAAGCUGUGGAACUUGCCGGUCAGCAUAGAUACACCAUCGCUGCCAUCGGAGAGCCCAACUACACGGAAAAGCCUGGAGACAUUGAUGACCCUGCACUGCCUGAGGGUCAGGAAAAGUUCAUUGAAGCGCUGGCAGCCACAGGUACCAAGGUGAUCGUGGUGCUGUUUGAAGGCCGCCCGCGUCUGCUUGGGUCAAUUCCAGACAAUGCUGCUGCUAUUAUUGAUGGCAUGCUUCCGUGUGAGCUCGGUGGACAGGCUAUUGCAGAGAUCAUGUUUGGCGAUGUAAAUCCAAGUGGUAAACUGCCGAUCACGUAUCCGAAGGACCCAGCCAAUAUCGCCAUCCCGUACAACCAUCUUGUCACGACGCGCUGCAUGUAUGACAACUGCAGGAUGCAAUGGGACUUUGGUGCAGGUCUCAGCUACACCAAGUUCAACUACACCUCCGUCACGCUUGACAAGACGACCAUCACCAACGCGGAUGAGACGCUUACCGCCACAGUCAUUGUAACCAACGCGGGAUUGCGCGCCGGCAAGGAGACGGUCAUGUUAUUCCUCAUUCAGCCGUUUCGCAAAAUCUCGGUGCCGGAAAUGAAGAUGCUAAAGAAGUUCAAGAAGAUCGAGCUGCAAGCUGGUGAGUCCAAGGUCGUGUCGUUCUCGUUGUCAGCGAAGGAUUGGGGAGUAUACAAGCCGGAGAUUGGAAGUGGUUUAAAAAGGGUUGUGGAGGACAGCAACUACGUGGUGGCCAUCAAACCGGACACAUGGUGCGACGUUUACGGUGACAUGACUAACCCUCUUUGCGCUUCGUUCACUAUCGACAUGGCCAGGGAUGCCAGCAUCAUCAACGCUGUCACUCAGGAGUAG